GGACCGAAGCACGGAGAGGUGCGUGGGUGAGGAUAUAGCACCGAAUGGGCUUUGACGCUAGAGUGCCUCCAUGUUUACAUACCAAGGUAACUAAGGUCUAUACCCGGAGCCGGAGGUAAUUAUACUUUGCGGUCCUUUUGACCAGCUCCGGUUAGAGAGAGAGAGAGAUUACUCGGAACCAAACGAAACGCAUUGGAGGAUGAUGAUUGGAAGAAGAGGAGAAAGAGUGCAGGGUCGGUUAAUGCGGAAGCAAGAGAGAUUGAAGGGUGGUGGGCUCACGUGUCGUUUGAAGCCGGUCGGAGGCCGAGAGAGACGUUAUAGUGGGAACCAGGCCCCUCCUUUGCUUUUUUUUUUUUUUCCUUCCUUCCUUUUUCCUUUUAUUCUUUUUUUUUUUUUUUGUCUUAUUUUACGUCCUCUUCAAUUCGGUGCAUAUAUCUUUACUCUUUCACGACCGCAGCCGUUCCGUAAAACAAUUAAAAGCAAAAAAUAGACAAUCAGUUGGAAAAUAGUGUUUAAUUCAACGAACAUGUCUUCUCCAAGCAAAAGGCGAGAUAUGGAUGUCAUGAAGUUCAUGGAGAGAUGCCAGGGAGCAAUGCAAACUCCCCAAUAUGCCUGUUCAGUGUGGCAGGGCAGGAUGAUGAGCGACUACAUAGUAGAGACCAUAAAUGAUGGGCUUUCUGAAUUUAAUGUUGAAUUUCAUGGCCCUAAAGAAAGUCCGUAUGAAGGUGGGGUGUGGAAAGUCCGUGUUGAACUUCCAGAUGCAUACCCAUACAAGUCCCCAUCUAUUGGUUUUCUGAACAAAAUAUUUCAUCCUAAUGUCGAUGAGCUAUCUGGCUCAAUAUGCUUGGAUGUCAUCAACCAAUCCUGGAGCCCAAUGUUCGAUCUUUUGAACAUAUUUGAAGUCUUUCUUCCACAGCUGUUGCUUUACCCAAACCCUGCUGAUCCACUGAAUGGUGAUGCAGCUUCACUGAUGCUAAAGGACCAGCAACAAUAUGAGCAAAAAGUAAAAGAAUAUUGUGAGCGUUACGCAAAGAGGGAGAAGUUUGAAAAUGCUUCUCUCAAUGGGAGUAGUGAUGAAGAGAUCAGCGACAAUGAAAGCACAGGGUCCGCUGAUGAUGACAUUCCUGGUGAUGCAGACCCCUAAAGGCCAUGUAUUUCACUCGGAACAAUACAACAUUCAUCUUUAAUUAGAUUGGCAGGAUAACAGCUUUUAUAAUGUUGUGGUAUAAAUGUAUGUACUGUUUAUCUGUAAUAUUUGAUGGUCCUCAGUGAUGCUGGUGCAUGGCCGGCACACUCGUGCCAUCCAACUCAGUAAAAUUUGAAAUGUUCUAGUCUAUAACUUAUGUAACCAUCAACAUGAUUUAAUUGAGUUUAUCUCCCUUG